UUUAACGUUGGAUUUCGUACAUAAACACCAUGAAUAAAAUCAUUAUCGGUAUUUCCUUGUGUCUAUUACCAUUCUGUUUGGGUAACAUUUCAAUAAUAGAUGGAAAAAUUAAAAUAACCAUCGGUACAACUUCUGGUUGUAGUGACACCGUGCGUUUCAUCAAUCAACAAUUAGUUCCAGCUUAUGAAUUAUAUAGCGAACAUUUGAAAAUCGAAUACGUUCCUUGGGGAAGAACAAGACGUGACGAAAAUGGCACCUUAAUCUGCCAAUUCGGAGUUAACGACUGCUGGGCAAAUCGACUGCAUAGAUGCGCUUUACAUCUUCUAGAAGGUAACCAGGAAGCACAACUGGAAUAUAUGACAUGUGAAUUUACAAGCCCUUAUCCAGCAUUCUCACAGAAUAGCUACCAAUGUGCAGAAAACGUUGGCUUGAAUGUUAAUAAUAUUGAAAACUGUUAUGCUACAAAUAGCAAUGACCUUGAAAGAAUAGCAGAAAAUGUCUCAGUUGAUCCUAUGAGAGUGAUCAAUUUUGUACCUUAUAUUACAUUUAAUGAUGUUAUUGAUGUCGAUCUACAUAAUGAAGCAAGACAAGACCUCGUUAAAUUGUUGUGUACCGCUUUAGCUAAUGAUUCCUCCACUGGAAUCAGUGCUGCCAACUGUGUAAGCUUAACGGUUGGCAUUGUUAUUAUUAACAUGAUAAAUUCUUUUUUUUACAACUGAUUUGAAAUAAAUGAGUG